CGAUUACACUUGGUCGCAGAUUGGUGUUGUGUUUUGGCGUGUCAAUCGUGCACUCACCACGGGUUUGAAGAACAGUUUCAGAUUGAAACCUUCUACGGAGGCCUAAUGCAAGAAGAUAAGAUCCUCAUUGACUCCUUGGUGUCAGGGGAUGUUGAUGAAUAUGGCUCCGCCCCAAAUAACCGAGAUCCUAGAAGAUAUGGUCCUUAGGGGGUAUGAUUGGGGGUUGACUAGAAGUGGAAGAAGAAGCAAUGAUAGGGGAGUGAGAAGCGUGGGAGCGAGUGCUCCGCUUUAGGCAAAGUUGGAUAAGUUGCUUGCGGUUAUGCUUGAAGAUAAAAGGCAAGGAAAACGGGCAGUAAUGUCAUGCGAUUGGUGCUCGAGUACUAGCCACGAGAUGGCGGAGUGCCAAGCAAUGUAGGAGGCAACCACUCCGGAGGAGCAAGUCAACUUCGUGGCAAAUGCUAGGGUCAACAACCCGUAUAGCAAUGCUAGUGCCAAGCAAUGAAAGAGGGGGACAGCAAUUGAGUUCCGGUGUUAGUGGAGGAGGAGUUGAAGAAGUCAAAGUUGAACCCGUCGUUGAAGAGGAAAUGGCGGGGAACCAAAGACAAGAAGGAGGCGCUCAAGCCCGCCAUAUGAAUGUUGCGGCGGGAGAAGAAGGAGCCCCAAGGACAAUGGGGUACUAUAUGGCCCCAAGGCCGGCGGACAUUCAAUCGCCGAUCCUACAUCCUACGGUGGCGGCAAACAAUUUCGAGAUCAAGCUGGCUCUAGUGACUAUGAUACAAAGUAACACUCUAUUCCACGGAAAUGAAAGCGAGUCACCAAGAGAGCACGUGCAGAGAUUAUUGGAGCUCGCGGGGAUCUUGAAAAUUAAUGGUGUGCCGGUCGAAGCUUUGCAACUGAUUUUCCCAUACUCACUCUUGGGGAAGGCACUUAGGUGGCUAAACAACCGCCCACCACGGUCUAUCACCUCAUGGGAUGACCUCCUCAACAAGUUUAUGGCUCGUUAUUGCCCGCCUUCGAAGAUGGUGGAGUGGAGAAAGAAGAUUAAUGUUGAACGGCACUUCUCCAAGCUCAAACUGGCCUCCAAUGGUGUUGAAGAUCAAUCUAGGGCACUUGGAGACUCUUGUUUGUCGCUUUCUCUCUCUAGGAAUUGUUCUCUCUCUCAAAAACUCGAAUCCCCUUCUGUUUGGCUGAAAAUCUGCUUAAAAAGGCAUCAGUGGCCAAAGCACGGUCGAGGGCACGGCCGUGAUUUGCCUGAGCCUGCCCGUGUCUCGGCCAGUGUUAAUUACACGGCCAGCAGUUGGGGAGAAACACGGCCGUGCUUCGCAGAGGACACGGCCGUGCUUUGGUGGAACAGGGCCGUGCUUUGGUGCCCGUGUUUGCAGCUGAAUUUGCCAAAUCGAAUUUGCUCUCGGCAUAAAAAGCACGGCCACAGGAACACGGCCGUGUAAUGCCUUAGGUGUGCCCGUGUUUUGGCUCCAGCUUGACGAAAUGACCUCCGAAUGCCCCGAAACUCACGCUUAGCCUUCCCUUUGACACCUGGGACCUGAAACAUGACAAAAUAGCACAACCCGGCGUAAAAUAGGCCAAAACACACGACUAUGCCCCUCAAACGGAUAAAAACUAGGGGCGCAAACAUGUGCAAUUACAUCGUUAUCAACCAUCAAACAAACUAUAACUGAUUUA